GUGGGAGUGCGGUAAGUGGGACCCGUUCUGGAGUUGAACCAGGUGGUUCAUAUGUGGGAGUACGACGACUUUGCCCACAGGACGGCGGUGGCCAGGACGCGCUCUGCGCACACGGGGUGGAUGAGCACGCUGAACAAGCUGCUGCCCACGAUCGAGCACCAGGAGAACGCCCUGCUGCUGCCCAUGCCCUGGAGCCCGCUCAAGUACCCAGACACGCCCGGAGGUCGGUAUGAGCUGAGGUCCUACCGGAUGACCCCGGGGGCGCCCUGGCAGGAACCCUUCAGGAAGACUAUCCAGGCUCGCGCCGCCUUCAGGUACGCGGAUCUGCUCGGCGUCUGGAGCAGCGAGUUCGGAGAGCUCAACAGGGUCUACAUGCUGUGGCACCACCAGGACCUGGACCAGAGGAUGCUGGGAAGGGCCAGGGCUGCCCAGGACGCCGCCAUUGUAGCAGCUUCCCGUGAGAGCGCGCCAAACCUGGUUCAUCAGUGGUCCAAGAUCCUCCUGCCCAGCUCUUUCUCACCCAUGCAGUAGGGACCGGUGACAUCAACAGCGUCUUUACAGCUGUGAUCUGCAAAAACACGACUGGAUAAUUUUUAGACAGAAGUGUGGAUCAGUCUUAUUGUCUUCAUUUGUUGUGUACUUUGUUCUUAUUUCGGGUGCGGCAAUUUUCGUGGCUGGUUUUAGCCAAAAUAAAUAGUGCGCACCGCUUGAAUAAUGAGCAAAAGGGCGCAACAUGCGUGGAAAAGUAUAUAGACAGGCAAAAAAGCCGGAAGGUUACAUGAUGGAUUCCAUGUGGGCGCCAUCGACCAUUGCCGGAAGAGGGAAUCACCAAAUAGGCUGUACUGUGGAGACUUCUCAAAGGAUACAAACCUCUGGGGCAUUCAUCAGGUCGAUUCAAUGUGGUUAAGAACCUUUCUGUAUCUUAUAGUUUACACCAUGACUACAUUAUAUCAUAAGCAAUGUACUGACGAGAGGCAAUAGUCUAAUUGAAUAUUGUUGAUAGUUCAUAUGCUCAGUGAAAGUAUGGUUAAAAGUCUUGUAUUGAUAAUUAAAGAAAAUAAAGACUGUUACUAAAUCAUA